GCUAAAGCCCAAAAUUUAAUAUUUAGCAGACGAAUUAAAGCUCUCCCAACCCAAGCCCAAAAGUUUGCCAAUAAAUUUCUACAGAGCCCCCGAAGUUUUGGAUUUUCCACCUGAAAUUGGUCAGUGCCGGCGCCGUCUAACAUGGCAGCCCUCUGCAACCUGGAGGCCGGCAGAUUGGGGUAUUCACUAUUUUCCAAAACUACAAGAUUUGUUGUUGGAGAUGUAAAACCCUCACAUUUUACUCUUCAAAACGAGAUACUUUGCAGACGUUUCACCUCAGAAAUCUCAAAAAACCACCACGAUUUCACAGUCAAUUACCUCAUAAAUUCAUGUGGGUUGUCUCCACAAGGUGCAAUUUCAGCUUCUAAGCGGGUCAAGUUGCGAUCCCCCGAAAGAGCAGACUCCGUUUUGUCCUUUCUCAGAAGCCAUGGAGUCUCUGCAACCAAUAUCUCCAAGAUUGUCAGGUCUUGCCCAGGACUUCUCAGUUGUAAUCCGGAGAAAACCCUUUUGCCAAAGAUUGAGUUUUUCGUUUCUCUUGGAGUUUCAAGGGAGGACCUUGCAAAAACUCUGGCAUAUGAAACGCUUCUUUUGGUCACAAGCUUGGAGAAACGGAUUCUACCAACUUGCCAUUUCCUUAGGAACCUGCUUUCUGAGAAGAACUUCGUUGUUUUAUUGAAGAACGGCGGCCUGCGGAUUUUCUCGGAAGGCCAUUCAAAGAAUGUGGCGCCAAAUAUUGAGAUUUUGAGAGAAUUCGGUAUGCCCCAAUCAUGUAUUUCUUUGUUGCUGGCUUAUUUUCCUAGAACUUUAACACAAAAGCCUGAGAAUUUUGCUAAAGUUAUGGAUGAGGUUAAGCAAAUGGGAUUUGAUAUGGAAAAAUCAAGGUCUGUUGCAGCAAUAAAAGCAUUAUCUAGUGGUAAUAGUAAGUCCAUAUGGAGUCGUAAUUGUGAAGCUUACAAGAGGUGGGGUUGGUCAGAGGAUGAUGUUCUCUCUACUUUCAAGCGGUUCCCGCGUUGUAUGACUAAGUCGGAGAAGAAAAUAAUGCAGGUUAUGGAUUUUUUAGUGAACAAGAUGGGAUGGCCGCAAAGAUCAAUUGUCAAAUGUCCGACUAUUGUGAGUUACAGUUUGGAGAAGAGAAUUAUCCCGAGGUGUUCGGUUGUUAAGGUUUUGUUGUUGAAAGGAUUGAUAAAGGAAAUCGAAAAUGUGAGUUUGUGUUCUCUGAUGAGCUAUACGGAGAAAGGCUUCUUGGAGAGGUUUGUGGCCAGAUAUAUAGAUGAAGUACCUGGAUUACUUAGUGUGUAUCGGGGGAAAGUUGAAAUCCAGGAUGUAUGACAUUGGCUGGUCAGGAGAGGUAAAAGCCAACUUUUUGGUAUUGGUUUACUUAUGCUCGGUUGUUAGUCACGAUCAAAGAGAAAUAACAUUUGUUCAUCUUCUACUCUACUAACUAGUUGCUGUAGUUAUAUAUACCAUCAUAUCCGAAGGGGUUGACCUGCAGUCCGAGGUGUGUUGUUGGUUCUUAAAUUUGGUUGGUCUCAAAAUUGGUUUUGAUAGAAAACACACAUUUACUUGCUUCUUAUGGGAUUCAGUUUAGUCUGUAGUUUAGUUUCGUCUGUUAGUAAUUGCCCUCUAGUAGCUAGACUUUUUCAGUGGCCGUAACCUAGAUAAGUGUCAUUGUGUUGUUAUGAAUCCCCUGCGCUGUUUUCUUAGCACUCGCCUUAGCUUAAAAAAGAAUGAAUCCGGUGUGGCUGUAAAUUGUGUUCGUCAGGGACUAGAAUCAAGUCAUUUCUGCAUGUGAAGGAUGGAACACUGUAACCUCAUUACUUAUGUCACGGACAAUGUGGAUGCCGGAUUCAUUAUAUUUGCAUCAGUUUGUUCAUGCUGUGAAGUUAUACUUUCUCUACAGCGAGUGCACAUCCCAGUUCGCCUAAUUUUUGGUCGUAAAUAGAGACUGAACCACAUAAACUCUUUUGUCGUUGGGUGCUUGAUGUCUAUUGCUUGGUAUCCUUUGUCUUCCUUGUUUGCAAUCAACAACUUGGUACUCAAAGUUACAAUCUAUUCCACAAUUUUUCUGGUGCAUUUCUUCAAAGGUAAUCGAAAACCCGAAACGAGCUCAAAUUUCCCAAUGAAACUUUCUUCUUCUGUAUUUUUUUAUUUAUGUUAUUCGUGGUAAGUUGAUCUGUGUCACACUAACUUUCUAAUUCUUCAAAGGUAAUUCAUAUCUGCUGUUGCCUUCGUCA